UGUUUACCCAACUUUUCAUUUUUACCAAAUGAAGUAUAAAUUCAAUUUUUUUUUUUGACGGCAUAUCAUGUUAAAUUUUUCAUUAACACUAUCUAUUCUGUAUGUACAUACAUAUAUAUAUACAUGCCUAUAUGUUUGGCUAAUGUAUACGAAAUCUAAUUAAUAUAAAAUGAAAAUUGUUUUUUAAGGUUCUCGCAUAUUGCUCAAACGUAAACAUUAGUUAACAUAGAAAAUUUCAGAUUGAUUAUCUUUUAAAUUAUUGUAAAUCUUAUAUCCGAUUGAAAAGUGAAUUAAACUCUGUACAUACAUGUUAUGGAGUGAAAAUAGUGCUCUGUGAUUUUCUAUACAAUUUAUAAAUCAUAAAAGUGAUCAAUUUUUUAAACUUUUAUGAUAUGGAAGUACUUGAAUUAAGUGUAUGGAAAGGUGAUUGGGGUCUACCGUCAAUUGAUGUAGAAUGUUUACAAAUUUUGGCCUAUGCUAAAUUUAAUGGUAUAUCUUUAAAAGUAAAUACUUCUGGCAAUCCAUUUAAUGCACUUAAUGGUCGAUUACCUGUAUUGAAAAGUAGUAGUGGCACUUUUGAUACAGUUAAAGAAAUAGUACAAUAUUUUAGAGAAAAAAAUUAUAACACAGAAUCUGAAUUAACUGAAAAAGAAUGUGCAAUAGUUGUUGCUUAUGAUGUAAUGUUAAAAGAGAAACUACUUCCUGCUAUAAAAUUUAUUUGGUGGUUAGAUAAAAAAAAUUUAGAUGAAUUGAUAAGGCCCUGGUAUUGCAAAGCACUGCCAUUUCCAUUAAAUUUCUAUUAUCCAGGAAAGUUUGAACGACAAACUCGAGAAAUGUUUGACACUUUAUAUCCUAAUGAAGACAGUGUGGAUGCCAUAGAAAAUCAGGUAUAUUCGGAAGCACAAAAGUGUUUGACAUUGUUAUCUACAAGACUUGGAGAUUUAGAAUACUUUUUUGGUGAAAAACCUACUAUACUCGAUGCCAUCAUAUAUUCCUAUUUGGCAUUGCUACUUAAAGUUCCUUUGCCAAAUCCAGCAUUACAAAAUCAUCUAAAAGCCUGCACAAAUUUAGUCAAAUAUGUAUCGCGAAUAUCACAACGAUACUUUGAAUACGAAUAUCACAAUUAUGAACAACGUAAGGCUGAGGAGAAUUCACAAAAAAUGAAGAGUGAUUCAGAAAAUGAUGUUCCUAAUAAAAGGUGGAAUCAAUUUCUUGCUGGAAUUUUUGCUACUUUAGCAAUGGUAGGAUAUGCGAUUUCAACUGGAAUAGUGGAGAAGUGAUGGUAACCACGUUCAUUGGGAUUAAAAUAAGUUUGGAAUUUUUUAUUUCAGAGGACAAAAAAAGGCCGACAUAGUGCUGUUGUUGACUCUAAAAUGUUAGAACAUGACAUACACGAACGUUAAUAACUUGUAAAAUAUUAAUAACAGCUUAUGUCAAAAUUUAUGCAUUUAGGUAAAAUUUUAAUAAA